AUGCCUGAGUAUAUUUACGGGAAUUACUUUGAGAGGUUGCCCGUGAAGAUACUGAAGAAGAAGGAAGUGAAAGAUGAGGAGGAGGAAGUUGAGAUUUUGGGGUUGAGAGAGUUGAUUGAUGGUGGAGAUGAUGCUGUUCGGGGUAGGGUUGUUCAUAGGAACAUUAACAUCGGUUCCUCAAGUUUGGUUAUAAGAGGGAUACAAGCUCGUCUGAUUCACCCUUGGGGGCCUAAGCUCCUAGGAGCGUCUUCGCUGUGA